CGCGGGGCCGCCCGCCGCGUAACGCGCAGCUCACAGCUCGUGUCGCGCGGCGUCCCAAAAAAUCCUAGCGAUUGAGGCGGACCCCCCGCGCGCGCGCCGGGGCGAGAGGGGCGUCCGCGCGUAGCACGCCUUUUUCCCCCCUGUAGGCUCCGGGAGCGGCGCCGCCUGCCUCCAAAAUGGAGUUCGCACCGCCGCCGCCGCCCGGCGGCAUGAACGGCGCCGGCGCGUCGCCCGGCGCGCCGCCGGAGACGUCGCCCGACUCGGUCGCCUACACGCCGUCCGGGCCGCCGCCGGACGCGCCCCCCGCCGUGCCCCCCGCCGCGCCGCCGGCGCCGCCGGCGCCGCCGGCCGCGCCGGCCGCGCCGCCGGCGCCCGCCGAGGCGCCGCGGGCCUCGACGGGCGGCUUCUCGGAGCUCGGCGACGCCGACGCGGCGCCGCCGGCGGCCCCCGCGGCGCCGCCGGCCCCGCCCGCACCCGCGCCCAUGGACACGACGCCGGCCGCGCCGGCGCCCGUCAAGGCGGAGCCGGCGCCGGCCGCCGCGCCCGAGGUCCCGCCGCGGCCCGUCGAGCGCUACUUCCUCACCGCGCGCUUGGAACGGGGCCAGAUCGGCGGCAAGCACCAGCAGGGCGUGGUCCUGCACGGCCCCUGGCGCAACCAGAUCAACGUCGUCGGCGCGCAAGCGCGGUACAACCUGGACGUCACGCAGAACCCGAUCCCGCCGGACAUCACCGACCUCCCGCCGAGCGGCCAGCGCGGGCCGGCGUCCCUGCGCACUUCCUUCAUCGCUUUCGUGGCCUAA